CGUCUGGUAAAGUAAAUCGUAUUAGAAGAUUAAUUGCGUAUUUAUGUUCACAAAUUAGUGGUGGUGGAGGAAAUCUGCCAGAUGAUCCUAAUGCUCUAUUACCAACUCCUCCUUCAUCACUUGAAGAUGUAUUAGAAUGUCAAAGAAUAGUUUGUGUUAGAAUUUUUGAACAUCUUAAAAUCACAAACCCAGAUCCAAAUAAUAAAGAUGUAAAAUCAGGAGCAUUGUUUGAAGCGAUAGAAAAAGUAGCAAAGGAAAUAAGUGAAGUUGGUAAAACAGGCAAUACAAUAAAAUUAGAAGAACAAGAAACAUCGACAUAUUCUUUUUUGGAAAAAUAA